AUGAAUGAUGAUCAUGAUCCACAAAACCUCCCCCUCAGAACUCACCAAGGGCUUCUUGCGCAGGCAGUUGAGGUUCAGAGUGCUCGAACUGAUGCAGAAGCUGACCGACUUUCCCAGCGAUAUGGGAUCAAACAAGUUCCAGGUCUCUCUUUUGUCGAUUCCCUUAUUUUUCCAACUUCAUUCCCAUACGACUUUAUGCACCUCAUUUGGGAGAACCUUCUCCCAAAUCUGAUUCUCCAUUGGACCGGUGAGUUCAAGGGUCUGGACGAAGGGUCAGAAAGCUACACUAUUGACUUGGCAGUUUGGAAAGCUAUCGGAAAGGAAACUGUGGCAACGGGUAGUACAAUACCCUCUGCCUAUAGUGCUCGCAUACCCGAUAUUUCCAGGGACAGAUCCUACAUGUUGGCUGAAAUGCGUUCAUUUUGGACCCUGUAUCUUGGUCCGGUUCUUUUACACAACCACCUUUCCCCUCGAUACUUCCGGCAUUUCAUUUCCUUGGUGAAGCUCCUCAAUAUCUGA